GUGACAUAAAUCGUGAACUUGCGAUACUAAAAAGGACAAGAUGAAGAUAUAAUUUGAGGAGGAAUAUUGUUAACUUAAAUCCAGAAUGGAUGAAAACAGCCACGAUGAUAAUGAGGUGUGGACACCACCAGAAUCUACACAGGAGCCUUAUCCUAUGUCAUAUGAACAACCACGUGCAUCAUCUUCUUACCAAUCUAAUGUGGUAUAUUCCACAUCCACAUUGACUUUCCCAGUAUCUUCCACACAGAAUGUACAGUCGUACGGUUCACAGUUUAUACCACAGGAAUAUCAUCAUCCUGAUAGUGCUAGAGGAUUACCAUACACUGAUGGUUCCUACCACAUCACAGCAUCACAGUCUCAAAUCUACCAAGCUGCCCAGUCCUCGUUUGAUCGUAUGUCUCCUGUAGAGGACUACAGACCAAGUGGUAGUGAUAAUAUAUCCUACUCUGGUCUAGGACCAGACAGUGGUCAGCUGAUUACAGGAGUUGUUGAUAGUAGCACACUUCAUCAGAGUUAUCCAGUACAUCAAGUGGUAUUUCAAGGGAGUGAUCAUCGUAUUAUGACUGUCCAGAGAGUGAACUCUCCCGUUGACACUACAGUCAGUCAGUCAGCUCUUGGAUUGCAACAUCAGGAUAGUGUAGAGGAUCAACAACCUACACAUGCAAUGCUCACUCCAGUGCCAGUUUCCUGUGUCAGAUCCUAUUCAAUGUACCCAUCUCAUGGUGAGGUAACAACAACAGGGGGAACAUCAAUGAUGUCACACAGACAGGAGGCAGAAUCUGAUCCUAGAGUUAGUUCCAUUAGUGAAUCAUUACAUAGCAGGAUGAUGCAAAAUGUAUCAAAAGUAGAAGAAACAGUCAGUGGGGAACCAGAUACAACUCAAGAAGAUAAUGAUGACUAUGCUCCACAUGUUCGAAGUUACAUAGUAGAGGAAAGUAACAGUAUAGAUACAGAACCAGUCUUACACUCGACUAUGAUGGGAACACCGAGGGGUAGUGUAGUAAUGGACUCUACCACUGGCAGUUCUCAACUGUCAUCAAGUAGGAUAUCUCACUACAGCAGAGAAGUGGAAUCUUCAGCAGACAGUUCAUUAGGGGAAAUGGUAUCAAAUGGUCCAUCCCAGUCAUCAGUAUCAGUAAAUAUGAGUGGACUUGUAACAGUAGAGGGUCUACACAGUACUCUGGAUGACCAGUCUUUAGAUGAUAAGGAUGAAUUAACAUCUAACAUGGGGAUACCAACCAUACUGAAUGUCAGUGUCAGAAAAUCUAACAGAAUUGCUGAAAUGGAAAAUGAUCUUCCUUCUUAUCAAAAGCCAAAAUAUAUACCCAAACAAUACAAUGUUAAUGAAAUUUGGUGUGAAGAAUGCAUGACAAGUUAUGAUAUAGAGUGUCCAACACACAGAUUGACAUUGUUCCCUGACAAGGUUGUGUUGUCCAGAGCCUGGGCCAGUCUUCCUCAGAUGUUACAGAUAUUUAGAUUGGAAGAUGCCUCUUCACAGUAUGGUGGGGAAGCUCAUGUAGGAGUUUUUGCCAAAAGGACCAUUCCACGUUGUACUCAGUUUGGACCAUUUAUAGGAGAACUAGUCCAAUCUAAAGAAGAUAUACAAUCCACUAAGUUUCUGCUUAUGCUGGAAAGACAGGAAGGAGAUGUCCUAUAUUUUGACACUUCUGAUGAAAACAAAUGUAAUUGGAUGAUGUUUGUCAGACCAGCAGAAAACUUUGCAGAACAGAAUAUGGUGGCCUACCAACAUGGCUUUGAUAUUUAUUUCUCUGUCACAAAGAAUAUAGAUAUAAGGACUGAACUAAAGGUUUGGUAUGCUACACAUUAUGCUAGAAGACAUGCACUUCACACUUUAGAAAUUACACAGCAGGAUAUUGAUGUUUUAGAUGAACAAGAGUGUAAAUAUCAAUGUUAUGAAUGUGCCAAGAGGUUCAAGACAUCAAUAGCUUUACAGAGACAUCUAAUAACCCAUGAACCAGGGGCUCCACAACCAUCCACAAGUACUGAAUCACACAUUACACCAUCUACAAGUACAUCAGAAGAGAAUGACAUAUCUACCUAUAGUGCUAUUAAAAAGAAGUAUAAACAACCACUACCUAAGAAAACAAAGGAUUUCUCUGAUACAUCUGGUUAUAUGUGGAAGAAAAAGUCCACCAGUAUAUAUUUAAACAAGACAUUGAAAAAAUACCAAAAGAGACAUGAUUCAGAGGCAAUACGUAGAACUAUACAGUCCAUGUAUAGGAGGAAGGGGAAAGAGUGUGGUGGAAAUGAGUGGCUCUGCGUCCACUGUGACCUGACCUUUGAUAAUUCUAACUUGUUGAACCUUCAUACACUGACACAUGCAGCGGACGAAGUAGGAUUUGACGAAGUUUAUAAAUUUGCUUACAAAGUAAAUGAAAAUGGAGAAUUUCAGCAACCUGGUACAAGUACUCAAAAUACAGAUAUGUAUGCACUGGAACCCAGCAUGCUGGCAUGUCCAGUCUGCCAUGCUCAAUUCCAGGACCAAAGAGCAUUAAUUGAGCAUGCUGCUGAACAUGGAAAAUCAAAGUCAUUCCUCUCACGGAACAGGACCCAUAAAUGUUCUCAAUGCUGGAAAGCUUUUCAUUCUCGAGAAAAACUUAAUCGUCACAUGUUGUGUCACGGUUCAGAAGAAAAUAAGCCCCUGCAAUGUACUGUUUGUUACAAGCGAUUUAUGAAUAAUUCAGCAUUGUCUUGUCAUAUGAAGACUCACAGUGAUAAGAAAUAUUAUGAAUGUCCAAUUUGCAAAGAGGGAUUUAAUCAUUCAGCCGUGAUGAGAGAACAUGUGGUGAUUCAUGCUCAAAAUGGCAUAUACACAUGUCCACAAUGCCAACGAGAGUUUGAUGACUUUUACAACUUGAGGAAGCACAUUAGAGGUUUCCAUACCAACAAGGAAUUUCCAUGUCCACACUGUGAUAAAGUAUUUCCUAGGCCAGACAAACUCAAGUUACACAUGUUGAAACAUUCAAACCAUAGAGAGUUCAUGUGUGAAACUUGUGGACGUCAGUUUAAGCGUAAAGACAAGCUUAAAGAACAUAUCAGAAGAAUGCAUUCACUGGAACGAGAAUUGAAGAAUAUGGCUAAAGGAGAAAAGCCUUCUCCCAAAAAGUUUAUACCAAAAGUCUCUCCAACUGAUUAUCACAGAUUUAUCUACAAAUGUCAUACCUGUAUGCUGGGAUUUAAGCGUCGUGGAAUGCUCGUGAAUCAUCUUGCUAAACGUCACCCAGAUGUCAAAUUUGAGACUGUCCCAGAACUGAACUUACCUAUUUUGAAAACACAAAAAGACUAUUAUUGUCAAUAUUGUGAUAAAGUGUACAAGUCUAGUUCCAAGCGUAAAACACACAUCUUAAAGAAUCAUCCUGGGGCUGAACUGCCAAUGAGUGCUCGUAAGAAGACUGUUCUUACAGAGCUACCAGGUAUACCUAAUCCUACAUUCUCACAGACUGUAGGAAGUAUUACAACAAUGCCACACUUAUGUGAAUAUUGUCACAAGCAGUAUGCAAGCAAAGCCAAACUAACACAACAUCAACGUAAAAAGCAUCCAGAUGCAGUUCCUCCACUUCCACCUAAACCAAAACGUGAAUCAUUGGAAGGUUUGUCUGAUGCCCAAUCCAGCCAAGAAACACUUCAACAGAUAGUUCGUUAUGAACCGGCUGACUCUAUUGUUACUGUUCAAUCUGCUACAGGAGAUGGACAGCAAGCAGCUGAUUUGUUAACACAAGCCAUGUCAGAGUUAACUCAGUCUGUACAUACUGACUACCGUCAACAGUCCUCAGAUUAUCAGUCUAGACUUGCUCCAACAAUAAUGCAGUUAGCACAUCCUGGAUCAACCAUUGACCUUUCACACCUGAACCAGGCCCUUCAGCAAGGGCAACUAGGUCAGGCCCUGGCGCAUGCAUUUGUACAGCCUUCUGGGAUAGGUGGACCAAUUCAGAUAGCUGUUUCUGGACCACUUAGUGCACUCAGUCAACUUCAGCAUAAUGAUGGAAUCCACCAACCAAGGGAUGUAACCCAGGAAGAACCUUCAACAACUGGACCACAAAUUCUAAACUCACAGACAAUUGUUGUCAGUGGAACUCACCAUCCCCAGAUUGUACCAAUAUCUGUAGCACCCUCUGUAGCUGGGUCUAAAUGGACCAGUUAUACUAAUUACAGAUAAUAUUUACUUUAAGGCAUAAAAAUCAAAUUAUUGUAGAGAACUGGUUUAAUUUUUGCACUAAUGAAACUUGAACAAUUAAUGUAUACAGUCUAAUGAUAGAUAUAAAAUAGCAGUCAGUCAAAUUAUAUUGUUAUUAGUAUUUUGUGUAAAAUAAAGAAGAAAAGAUUUUCAUGGUAAGGUCUGUUUCACAGAUACCAUAAGCUAUAGGUCAACUGUAUUUGUUGUAUGGAAUGAUUGUAAGGUGUCCUGGUUUGUUGGACAACAUUUAAAUUUUGUGGUUCAGUUAGCACCAAUCAGCUUUCCAGAAAUUUCCCAAAAUUGUAAAAGUGUAAUUCUGAAUGAUAUAGGUAGGAUAUUAAAGACUUUUAUAGUUUUUUUUUCUUUACCUGUCAGUGUGCUAUUCAGGGAGUUGUGCUGGCUGUGUCAACUUUCAAAUUCUUUUUUGAAUAGUUAUCUCCCUUAACAAACCAGAAUCUAUUUAUUCAUGAAAAGGUCAUACCUGCCAACUUUCAAGAUUUAGGCGUUAACUACACAACUGUGACCCCUUGUCCUAGUUACAUGAUUGCAAUGAUGAAAAAAGCCUUAAAACAUGAUUUUGUGAAAAUCAUUAAUUCUGUUGUAUUUCUAAAUAUACCUUUGACAAUAAGAUAAGAGAAUUUAAGCAAUUGAAUUUCAAAUCAAUUGUACUAAAUACUCAGUUAUGUCUCAUUGUUUCAACUUUAAAAAAAACUAUAUAAAAAAAUUAACAUAUUGAAUCUUUAAUGGCAGAUAUUGUUGUUUGCUUUUUAAUAUUAGUUGUUACGAUGUGUAAUGAUAAAUGUACAGUAGAUAUAAGUGUGUUCACUAGUUUAUCUCAAAACAAAGCUAAAAUAAAAUACUCACUGAAAAUCUCUUUUGUGUCAAAGUUUUGAUAGUGCAUAUUUCAUAUUUAUAUAUAUUUUAGAUUAGACAAUACUAUAUACAACAUUUAUAUAUACUACCUUGCUCAUUGAAGUUAUCAUCUAAUACAGGUGCAUGAUAUUCUGUCAAAUGUCAAAUUUUAAAAGGUAUUAUAUGAAAAAUAAAUUUUGGUUGUAAUAUUUCAACAGUUCUUUAAACUUGAGUGGCACAUUAUUGAUUACAAUAUAAAUUACAUAUUUAGUCAUUUGAAGACACAGAUGACUAGUCGUUGGAAUAUAUAUUUUUUUGUAUGGGUAUAGAAAUACCCCCUCUUAGGCUUUGGGAAUGCUGAUUAUUUUCAGGAAUUGACCAAUAGUUUGGAAAAUGUUGUGAAAUAGAGUAUAGGUGUGAUGUAGAAAGCCAUUGUAAUAAUUUACAGAAUAUAAUGGAUCAUAAGCUUUUAUUUUAAACCUGAAUAACCUAUGGUCUGGUUUUAAAUGACCAUGAUGUGUAAUCCUAUUUGUCAUGUUUGUGCUAUUUUGUAUGUCAGUUUGUGUCUACAAUACUUAUAAAAAAAAAAUAUAUAUAUAAGACGGUUGCAUAAGUAAAUUAUAAUUUUGAGUUUGCUUUAGUUUUUCCCAAUUCAAGCUCUUUAAAAACAUGAUAAAAUACAUAUUUUUAUAAUUUCAAACUUCCAAGUAAAAUUCUAUUGCUUUGAAUGUUUUAUAUUGUUCAUGAAUGCUUUAUUGGAAAGAUUUGGAAACACCAAAAAUCCAAAUUCAAUCUUUCCACAGUGCUAUCUGGCAUGUCAGUGGUUUGUAGACAAGAUUAAUGGUAGGCCUGCUCUUAUGACAAACUUGUUGAAAUCAAGGAAACAAAGUUCAUUCAUUUUCCUGAAUACUAUUUAACUUACAUUGUAACAGCUUUGUGGUCUUGUAUGUAAACUUUUAUAUUUACAUCAUUAAUGCAUCUCAUCCUUUAUUAGUAUAUUAUUAUAUUUAUUCCUAGCUAUUAUCUUCUAUCUACCGAUUUUUUUAUAUAAUUUGUUUGCUAGACACAUCCCUUUCAAUAUUUAUUGUCAUAAAGUUAAAAUAAUUAUAAUCUAAUAUGUGGAUAUUCUUCUUACACAAUAAACCUUUGUUUCUCAUUUUUAUGUAUUCAUCUUUUUGUAUUAGCUUCUUAUAUUGCAAACAAAUAUAAAAGAGGGAUUAAGGAGGAUGUUAAGAAGGUGAUAUUUAGGGGAAAAUAUAUUAUUUCAUGUGCCUUUGUCUUGUUGAUUUAGAUUUAAAGUAGGUGUCAAGUGUUCUUAGACUAUCCAUCAAAUAUUUGUACAUGGUAACAUUUAUUAAUGGCUUUUUAUUUACAGAAAAGAGUCAAAGUAGGUUUGUUUUCACAACAAAUUGGCAUUUGAGCCUAAAAAACUUAAAACACAAUGUGUUGUCAUUUAGCUUAUAACAUAAAUCAUAUCAAAAGAAAAAUGCAUGUUGCAAACAAGGAUGAAAAAAUAUACACUGUAAAUUCAGUAAUUCAUAUAUUUAUUAUUGUGAAUCCUUGACCAUUGUCAAAAAUGUGAAAUCUAAUAAAUGCAAUUAAAACAUUUUAUAAAGGAAAAUCACUACUGAAAUCAUGAAUGUGAGUUUAUAUUUAUUGCCAAGGUGAUUAUCUCGCAAUUUUCCCAUUGAUAAAAAAAAAUCACAAUAAAUUUUGAAUUUACAUUAAUGUUAAUGGGCAUCAGAGGCUGAGUGUUCUAAGUAGUUCAUCUUCAUUGAUCAACAGCCUGUCAACACUAAAGUUGUGAGUUGAAUCCUGCUCAUGGUACAAUAUGCUUGAUUCUGAUGUUAAUUUACUAGAAUUUAGGCUUAUCCUGAUGUAGGUUGAUGGUUCCCUUCAAGUUAGCUAUUUCCAUUAAUAAAAAGUGGGUUGCCAUGAUAUAGACAGGAGUGCUGAAAAUGGCAUUAAACAUCAACAAUCAAUCAAUCAAUAUUAUAAUGUUAACAAGGGUUUAUCUUUAAAUAUUUUAAUGUUUAAAUGUGAAUAGUCUUGUUUAAGGUCUGGAAACUUGACACCUAUUGGUUUUUUUUCCAGGAAUACAUGUUUGUAGUAUUUUAUGUAAUCAUUUCAAAUUAAUUUAUUUACCAUAUGUGUGUGUGUUGUAGUAGACUUUUGACUGUUGGUGUGUUGUUAUUGUUAGUGCCAUUCUGUAUAAAUCUCCUACUCAGUAGUGAAAUAAAAGUUAUUGAGAAUA